GCGACCACGGGCGGUGGGGGAUUUAUGGGAGAAGGGUUAAUCGAGAGUUGGAUUGGACCAGAGCGACGCUAAGAUAAAAGUAUGGCGGCGAGAAUGAUCGUCAGAGAGCGGGAAGGGUCGGCGAGACGGCAGCGAUUCCGAGAGGUAUCGUUCCUAAAGUACGUAUUGCUGCUAUGCUCUUAUCUUUUCUGUUUCGUUUCCUUCCGUUCCGUUUUCGUACAGAUUGCGGCCGAGAAGCAAUUGAAGUUGCUAUUCUUGUUCUGUGGACUCGUUAUCAAACUUAGCUAUUCGUUUUUUUUUUUUUUUUUUUGUGGCACUUAGGCAGAUAGGCUCUCUACCGUUUGCAAUCAAAAUCUGUGUGUCGGAAAUUUUGGUUGCAGUGAGAAUGUGAGAUAGAUGUUGAACCAAAUUGCAAUAAGGAUGGUGCCAGUUAACCUCCAUUUGUUUAAGCCUUUAAGCAUACUCUUCACUAGUUGAGCGAGCUAGCUAGCUAGCUAACCCGUAGAAAUGGUGCUGCUUCCAGGAACACUUGAGGUGUUCUCCAUAGAGAUGGUUAGACCAUACAGAUUGGAGACGCAAGUCAUUGACUUCUUUCGACUAGGCUAUCUGAGGUACGCUAGCAAAAUGGAGCCUUGUUUGUUUGAUCAGGCAAAAAAGAAUCAGAUUGGAGUUUGGUGAAUUGGGAAUCAAGGGAUUUUGUUUGCGGCAAGAUGCUCCACUAGAGCAUAAUCUUUCACUAAUCUAGCUAGCUAAGCAAACACCAUUAUCUAGCUUGCUAAGUAAAACGCCAUUGAAAUGGUGCUGCUUCCAGGAAAACCAGAGGUGAUCUCCAGAGAGAUGGUUAGGCCAUCUACUGCAACCCCAGACUGCCACAGAAUUCACAGCCUUUCCUUCUUCGAUCAGUUGGCCCCUCCAAUUUACGGCCCUCUUCUCUACUUCUACCUCAACCAUGAAAGCCAUCGCUAUAGUGUUGCUGAUAUUGCCGAAAAUAAAAUCCGUGCACUCAAAGUCUCCCUCUCGGAAGCACUAUCCACGUACUACCCGCUAGCAGGAAGGAUGGGAGAUGAUCCCUUAACAGUUCACUGUAACGACGAAGGGGUUAUCUUCCUGCAAGCACGGAUGAACACGGAGCUGCCUGCAAUAUUAAACCAUCCAGAUGCAGGCCUUCGAGAUGAGGCUCGGAAGCUCUUGUUCCCGGAUGAUCUUUGCUACAAAAGCACGAGCUUGAGCAGCCCCUUGGUUGUUCAGGUCACUAGCUUUGAGUGUGGAGGUAUGGCACUAGGCAUCUGCGUGUCCCAUAAGGUCCUAGACAUGUCCAGCUUCUGUUCCUUCAUCAACUAUUGGGCCGCCACAGCUUCCACUUUGGGACACAACAUCAAGCUGCAGCCUGAUCAUCGUCUGGAAUUCACUUUGGCUACUCUGUACCCACCUGUUGACCUACCAGUUACAAAGACUGUUGAGCCUCCGAAGGUCAGAAACGUGGUUAACCGGUUUGUCUUUGAUGCUUCCAAGAUCGCGAAGCUCAAAGCCAUUGUGGGGAGCAAAAUCGAGAAUCCCACAAGGGUAGAGUUGGCUUUAGCACUGCUUUGUUCUUGUGCUAUAUCAGCAGCCACGGACAAUUCCUCAUCCAAAGGUGGUGGUGCCUCCCAGCUGAGGUCGGCCCUUUUGAUUCAAGCUGUGAACUUACGCCGUAGAUUAAUGUCUCCACUCCCACCUGCACGUUCCACAGGAAAUCUGUCUUCAGUUUUUGCAAUGUCAAUUGCAGAAGGCAUGGAGAAAGACCUGGUUCUGUUGGUCAGUAUGAUCAGGAGAGUGAAAACUGAGUAUUUCAACUCCUGCGCUGUGGAAUCUGUUGGGAACCAGUUUCGCUCUUUCAUCAUAAAGACAACGGCAGAGUUCAGGAAGUCAAGUACUGAAGAGGCUGCAAAGGUGUACCCGUGCUCCAGCUGGUGCGGAUUCCCCAUAUAUGAAGCAGAUUUCGGUUGGGGAAAACCAGUGUGGGUUACAGCUGCUGAUUUUGUGCUGACAGAUGUAAUCAUCUUGUUGGAUACAAGAGACGGACUUGGGAUCGAAGCAGUUGUGUCUCUGGAAGAACACGAAAUGGCUGCUCUUGAGCGUGACCAAAAGCUCCUAGCCUUUGCUCGGAUCAACCCGGUUGUUGGUCCAGUAAUGAUCCGACCCUAAGACCAGAUAACUUCACAAUCGAGGUGACUAAACCAUGACACUUUGCUUCAGAAGAAGAUUUAGCCACAGCGGCUUGUUCUGGCCUUUCAAGUAACUGGCAAAGAAGGUCCUUGUUUGUUAUGCUUCAUCUUCUCUAAGUCUUUCUGGUGCAAUGUCUGCUUGCACAUUUGCACCUACUAUCCCUUUCUUGUUGCAUCUGUUUUUCCUCUCUUUUCUGCUGCACUCUGAUUUUGUUUCAUGGGCUUUGCCACUUCUGUAAGUAUUUUCCACAUUUCCAUGAAUAAUAAUAAAAAAGUAUGAGCACU